AUGGCCUUCGAAUGGAAAACAAUGACGCACAAAAGUUUCGGUUAUGUCUUCUUGCUUCAAGACAUACCCAAUUGGUUUGAUCAAUCGGUGAAAGUUUACGAAGGCAAUGUAGGUUUAUUAGAAGCUAUUGGCAAACCAUGCGAACAUUCAAAAUAUCGUGCGGAGGGAUACACCAAUGACUUCUUCUUUCCUUCUAAUUUCGAGACCUUCCACAUGACAUACAAAAGAAUUCCGAGAAUCAAUAAUGCUCAAAUUCAGUUGAGGUCAAAUCUGUAUUCACAUGUGAAGUGGGAAAGAGAAGGAACAAACUGUGGACCAACUGAUUCCACCAUUAUAUUCAGAGGAUAUUCCACACAACCACUACAGAUGUAUGUCAUCACGAGCAAUGAAAUUGAGUAUUAUGCGAACGACUUCAAAGCAGAAGAAGGAAUGGAAGAAGUGUUCAUUGUGUUCAACAAACAUGAAAACCGUUUCUCUCUACCGACGAUGGAUAAAAAUCCGGUGUGGAAAGUGAACAAAGAACAAUCAACAAACAAAACAAAACGUGAGAUAAUUACAUAUACGAUUAAUCUAUUAUUCCCCAUGUAAAUCUCACUAGAUUAUGAGAAGUUUCGAAGUAUUUAUGAAAGUGGAGAUGCUCGGAGGUUAAUAAUUACCAUGCUGGUUGAACAGUUAUGAAAUAUUGAGACAAAAUACACGUGACUAACUGUUGAAGGGAUAAACACUAGAGAGUCACUCUCAUCUCAGUAUAUAGUGAUUAAAUACUAAACCAUAGAAUUCAACUCACUACUUUGGAAACCUGUACUGUGUACAGUGAAAAUGAGAAGAAUGCGCAUAAUUGUAUUCCACGGUUUCCGUGGACUCACCACUCAUCUGAUCGUAUUGAACACAAAAACGUGUCAUUCAUGACACGUGUAUGUGGGUGUGUGUGUAAUGUUGGUUGAAUGAAUGUGUCAGUGAUAUCUGUGCAAGCUGAAUGAUGGUAGAAGUAAACGUGGUCUCGCUUCACAUCAACAUUCUAGCAUGAAUUGGUGAUUUGUGUAUAUUCUGUUGGUUGAGUCGUUCGUCAAUACGUGAUUUGGCUUUCUGUGUUUAUUCAAUUUAUCUAGCAUCUGUGAAUGUCACGGUGAAGAAUGAGGACAUGACUAAGUUCACAACGGGUAGGUAUUUCACCUAAUUCACAUUUCUUCAAACCUUCUCUUUCUAAUAAUGCAUGAAUUUUCCUGCCUUGAUCAAUACAUCUUUUGCAUUUGAUUAUGCUUUUAUAGUAGUUAUCAUUAAGUUAAUUUUCAAUUUCAGUAAUAAAUUGUGUCAAUUUAGUGUUUCCACUUCACCUAUAUGAUCAACAUUUCUAUGAUAAUUGAAAGUAUUUGAAUUAUAGUAUGAACUAAUAAUCCCAGAAAUAACGCAAUUGAAUCAAGAAGUACUACACAAGCACUAAGGAAUGUAUUGUAUUUAGAAUUCGAAAUCAAGCAUUCAACAAGUACAAAGCAAUCAUUAGUUCAUUCAAACACUACAAUUUCUUAAUUCAUCAUUUGUCAAAAACAAGAAUACAUCAAUUUAGUUUAAUAUCCGUUAAAGUUUCAAUAGUUCUUUGUAAUACAUUUAGUCAAAAUGUAAAAUUUUCUGGUUUGUUAAAAAUGUACUAAUGUAAGAUAAAAUCUACAAAUUGAGUCCAUUAUCAAAAUGACUUCAUAAUAACUAAAUAUAGUUACUUAUAUUUUUUCUAUAUGGUUGAUACAACGCAAUUCAAAUUCCUUUAUCGAUUUUGUGUCCUCUUACUUCCAACUCAAUCUGUGAGGACUUGGCUUGUGACUCAGUUUUGUGCGUUCCUCAAUGUGUGUCUUAUCGAUUGCCAGUAUUUCGCCUUGAUUUCUUCCUUCGCCGGAUUCUGGUUUGUUCUCUCCCACAGUUGACUGUUGCUAAUAGUGUCUGGCCAACAGAUCUGAAAUAUUAUGUGUAGGCAAAUGUUAAUAGAUACGUGUAUUUUCUGGAUGAUGGCAUUCGAUAUUCUUCAAGUUUCGGCCUCCUACAGUAAAACUGUCUUGACAUCUGUACUGAAAUUGCUCACUUUAGUGUUGGUUGACAGUUGUUUUGAGCUCUAGAUGUACUUCAGUUGAAGAUGUGCUGCUCUUACCUUGCCAAUCUUCAUCUUUACAUCUGCAAAAUCUGAGAACCAUACAGUAAAUACUUCAUUUGCAAAAUGUCAAUCAAUUGUCUC